AUGUCCAGGGCAACUAGCCGUUUGCGAAAUCUCACCCAGCACUUUCUCCCCACAUCCUCAUGGCCCACAGACCCCAAAGGGGAUUUCUCCCACCCGUUUAAUCGACAUACGCUUUCUCCUACAUUCUUCCUCCCGCGCGCAGCUGCUAUUGAACCGGAUGCCCAAGCUAUUUAUCACGUCACCAUAAACAACAAGGUCUUGAGGAGAUCAUACAUCGAGACAGCGGAUCGCGCGCGGGGUUUUGCUUACUACCUGAAAAGACAUGGCUUCAAGAGAGUUGGCAUAUUAUGCCCUAACACCCCAGCCUUUUUGGAGUCGAUUUUUGCGAUAGCCGCAGCUGGCGCGGUCAAUGUUGAUCAAGCUGUCAAUUAUAGGUUAAAACCAGAAGACAUUGCGUAUAUCUUCAACCACUCCGAAGUCGAUGCCAUCGUUGUGGACGAAGAACUUGUCCCGCUUCUCAACGAGUUCAAGAAACAAAAUGGGCAUGUGCCUCUGAUUAUCGACACAGAUACGGAUGCUGUAGAAGGGGAACUUAGCGGGCCGUUCGAUCAAGCUGUAUUGGAAGGCCUUCAUUUUGAUACUUCAUCCGGAAACCGUGGGUGGCAGGGAUUGGAAGCUCAGACGCCAGACGAAGAUGCGCUCAUUGCGCUCGCGUACACGAGCGGCACCACUUCACGACCCAAGGGUGUUGAGUACAUCCACCGCGGCUGCUAUCUUGCAGCUCUCGCAAAUGGCCGAUGCCGGUACCUUUGGACGUUGCCAAUGUUCCACGCUAUGGGAUGGACGUUCCCAUGGGCUGUCACGGCAGUCAGAGGCACACAUUACUGCCUGCGCAAGGUCGACUAUUCGCUCAUAUGGAGACUACUCAAGGAAGAGGGAAUCACGCACUAUUGUGCCGCACCGACCGUCAACACUGUUCUCUGUAACUCAAAAGAGGCAGAGACUGACGUCCCAGAAGGGACGAUUAUCGAUGUCGAGAAGAAUGGGGAGGAAAUAGGCGAGGUUGUAUUUGUUGGGAACAUUUGUGCCAAGGGCUACUAUAAGAAUGUUGAGGACACGAAGAAGUUGUUUAGCGGAGGAGUGCUCCAUUCGGGGGAUCUUGCUGUAUGGCACCCAGACGGAGCGAUACAGAUUUUGGACCGUGCUAAAGACAUUAUCAUUAGCGGCGGAGAAAACAUAUCCUCUGUUGCAUUAGAGUCCAUGCUUGCAACACAUCCGGACAUAUUUGAAGUCGGAGUGGUGGCUGUGCCUGAUUCUCAUUGGGGCGAGCGGCCGAAAGCUUUCAUCACAGUGCGAGAUGACAAGAAACUUGAUGGCAAGGACGUUAUUGAGUGGGCAAAACAUCACUGGGAAGGUGAAGAAGAAUGUGCUAAGGCGGUGGGCGAAAAGCACGGAUCGGAGUCUUGA